GCAUCACCCCCGCACGAAACGACACGACGCACUUCUUGCACAAUGGCCGAAUCGCCCGAUACCGGCGCCAAUCCCGUCAGCGAACCACUCGAUUUGGUGCGCUUGUCGCUCAAUGAGACCGUUUUUGUGAAGCUGCGAGGAGACCGCGAGCUGGCGGGGAGGUUGCAUGCAUACGAUAGCCAUUGCAACUUGGUGUUAGGCGAUGUCACCGAGACAGUCUACGUAUGGGAUGAAGACGAUGAAGAAAACGUACGGACAGUGAAGAAGCAGUCGGAAAUGCUUUUUGUAAGAGGGGACUCCGUCGUACUGAUAUCACCGCAACAAUCAUGAGCUUGAUGUGAGGGCCUUCGACGAUAACUGCACAUGCUGCACCGGAUUAAACGAACGCUCGCGUUGCGAUUUCGCGCCACGUGUGGAGGCAUUUGGAGCUCACACGCGGAAUCAGAAAGCAUCUGCGUACAUCCAAGCAGUCGAUCGGCCUUGCACUUUAAGAGGCUGAGCGUCCUACUCAAACUCUAGCUCUGCGCGACGCUCCAGAGCGAGUCCGACGAUGCCCGAGCUUCUCACUCAUCGACACAUCAAAUCGCCCAUUCUCGCACAUCGAUAGGAUCUCCUACAAUGCCAAAACUCCAGUGAAGCUGUUGCGGGGCCCAUUCGGUAUUGGAGUUGUCGAUGAAUGCCUGUUGAGGAAGGAAGAGAUUUGAAUGCGUGAAACGAUGGCUUUAACUCUGAAAUGCAAUCGCCAUCAAUUACAAAAUCCCACGAAUCCAACUGAGCUGCCCUUAUGCAUCUACGUCACGCCAAUCUC